GAAAAAUACCCCAAUACACCCAUGAGUCAUAAAGAAAUUCUUCAAGUUAUCCAGAGAGAAGGACUAAAAGAAAUCAGAAGUGGGACGUCCCCUCUCGCAUGCCUGAAUGCAAUGCUCCACACAAACUCCCGGGGUGAAGAGGGCAUCUUCUAUAAGGUUCCAGGUAGAAUGGGAGUGUAUACACUGAAGAAAGAUGUGCCGGAUGGGGUGAAAGAGCUAUCAGAAGGUUCAGAAGAAAGCAGUGAUGGUCAGUCAGAUUCCCAGAGUUCUGAGAACAGCAGCAGCAGCAGUGAUGGUGGCAGCAACAAGGAGGGGAAAAAGAGCAGGUGGAAAAGGAAAGUAUCGUCUAGACUGUCACAGCCAUCCUCCCCCCAGUCAGGCUGUCCAUCACCCUCCAUUCCAGCAGGUAAAGUCAUUUCUCCAUCACAGAAGCACAGCAAGAAGGCACUAAAGCAGGCUCUAAAGCAGCAGCAGCAGAAGAAGCAGCAGCAGCAGCAGCAAUGCAGGUCCAGCAUGUCCAUCUCUUCCAACCAGCAUCUUGCUCUGAAGACGGUCAAAGCAGCCAGUGACUCUGUGCCUGCCAAGCCGGCAGCAUUGGAAGGAAAGCAAUCUGAUGGGCAGUCAAGCAGCCCCCAGAACCCAAACUCCAGCUUUUGUUCCUCAGUGAAAGUGGAAAGUCCUCUGCUCGCUUUGGGGAAGAAGUCAUUUCAGAGGGCCGACAGGCUCCACACAAGACAAAUGAAAAGAACUAAAUGUGCUGAAAUUGAUGUUGAGACACCAGAUUCCAUUCUGGUUAAUACAAAUCUGCGAGCAUUGAUCAACAAACACACCUUUUCAGUUCUCCCUGGAGAUUGCCAACAACGACUGCUUCUACUGCUUCCAGAAGUGGAUCGACAGGUUGGAGCAGAUGGUUUGAUGAAAUUAAAUGGUUCAGCCCUUAACAAUGAGUUCUUCACCUCAGCAGCCCAAGGCUGGAAGGAAAGACUCUCAGAGGGUGAAUUUACACCUGAGAUGCAGGUGAGAAUUCGACAAGAAAUUGAAAAGGAGAAAAAAGUGGAGCCAUGGAAAGAACAAUUUUUUGAAAGCUACUAUGGUCAGAGUUCUGGCCUGAGCCUUGAGGAUUCAAAUAAAUUGAUAUCUUCAACCAGUGAUCCCAAAGUAAAGAAAAUCCCAGCUGAGCAACCAAAACUCGUGCUUCUGCCAGAGCCAGCGCCUGCCUCUCCUGUCAAAAUAGACCCAGUAGGGUCGCAGUCAGAGUCUAAAGAAGAAACCGGACAGAUGGCAUCACCAGUGAACAAAGAAGAGCCUGAGAGCCCAGAUAAGGCACACCAAACCUCCUCCAAACCCACAGAGCCCCUGCUUUGCACAGCUAGCAAGACAAAUGAGGUUAGCAGCAUCCUUCCCAUCAAAUGCCCAAAGGAUGAGGAGCUAAUGGAACAGAAGCCAGUUGCCUCUGCUGAACAGGAGUCUGAAAAAGAGAAUCAUCUCACCAUGCCUUCUAAUUGUAGCAAAAAUGAAAACCAAGAUGCUUCCGUUACACCCCCAUGCAAGCCCAAAAGUCCUGGAGUGGAAAUAGCAAUUAUGAAGCCCAUAGUAAAAACAGGCCCACAGGAGACUACUGUGAAAGAGCCUUCUCCGUCAACUCCUGUUGAUCCGAGCCCAGAAGGCCUCAAGAGGAAAUCUCCUCUCACCCAAGAUGAGCCCCCUACAAGCGGGGAGAAGAGGCCACGUGUCACUGACGGUUGCCAGCACCAGCAGCCAUUUCAAGGCUCAUCACAGCCCUUUCUCAAUAGAGGGGAGAGGUUCCAGGUGCGAAGAGUACCGCCUCUCAAGAUCCCGGUCUCCAGACUCUCCCUCAUGCCAUUUCCUACAGCGCAGGUCUCUCCCAGGGCUCGUUUUCCAGUCUCCAUCCCUAGUCCUAACAGAACAGGAGCCAGAACCCUUGCAGACAUCAAGGCAAAAGCCCAGCUGGUCAAAGCACAGAGAGCAGCCGCUGCAGCCGCCGCUGCCGCUGCUGCAGCCGCCUCAGUUGGAGGGACCAUUCCAGGUCCUGGGCCAGGAGGUGGACCAGGUCCAGGGCCAGGAGAAGGUGGUGAAGGGAAAACUGCUAGGGGAGGGAGUCCAGGCUCCGACAGAGCCAGUGAUACUAGAAAGGGCCCCACACUGGAACUGGCAGGAACUGGAAGCAGGGGAGGUACGAGAGAGCUUUUACCCUGUCGUCCAGAGACUCAGUCCCAAUCUGAGACCACGAACCCAGGCCAGGCCCAGCCUCCUAGUGUCUCUGGAGCACAACUACAGCAAACCCCCUCAGUGCCUCCCUCUUCGACUGUCAGCGGAGCAUGCACAAGUGUCCCCUCGCCAGCCCACGCCAUCCCACCCCCACCAGAUCUAGGGAAGGUGAAUAAUGAAAACCUGAACCCCACCAGGACAUUAGCCACAGUGGCCUCUCUCAGCCACCCCCAGGGGUCCAGUAACAGCAGACAGGAGAAAGCUUCUACUCUUGCAGGUCCUGCUGUAGUCCCAGGUGCCUCUCCUGUUCACGUUGUAGCUGAUGGCACAGUUGAGCCCCAAGUGGGGUCUAGUAAGAAUACCCAAAACCUUCCCACUUCAGCUGAGACAAAUGCUGGUGCUGCAGUAGAUGGGACUCCUCCUUUGACUCCUGCAUUACCCAUGGCCACUUUAGAAAAGCUUCCUCUACCCCAGCUCAGUGGAACCAUCACUCCUACUGGAUCGGCUCUGGCUCUAUCUUCAAGCACCGUGCCAGCAGUUUCUAGCCUUAAAACCCCAGGAACUUCUUUGAAUAUGAAUGGACCCAUUUCAAGACCAAACUCAAGUAUCCCUGCUAAUAAUCCUUUGGUCACUCAACUGCUCCAGGGCAAAGAUGUUCCCAUGGAGCAAAUCCUUCCUAAACCUCUCACCAAAGUUGAAAUGAAAACUAUUCCCUUAGCUGCAGAAGAAAAGGGGAUAGGAGCACCCACAGGCACCAACGUAACAGAAAGUAGCACAAGGGAAGAGAUGAAUGAGAGACAGUCCCAUCCAGCUAUACAGCAGCUAGGUAACACAUUGCAAAGCAAACAGAUACCCCCAGUUCCAAGGACCCUCCCGCUCUUUUCAGCUAAGGAUCUGAGGGACUCUGGCAUUGACACACACUCAUACCCAGAAGGACUGAGUAAAGCUACCCAGGAUCACAUCCUUCAGACUCUCAUCAGAAGGGUUCAAAGGGAGAAUGUUCUCUCUGCUCUGCAGCCCAACCAGUUCAACUUUGCUCACUCAGGUUUCCAAUUAGAAGACAUCUCCACAAGCCAGAGGUUCAUGCUGGGUUUUGCUGGUAGGAGGACAUCCAAGCCUGCAAUGUCAGGCCAUUACUUACUGAACAUUUCCACCUAUGGCAGGGUUUCCGAGAGCUUUAGGAGGACCCAUUCUGUAAACCCCGAAGACCGCUUUUGUCUAAGUAGCCCCAUCGAGGCCUUGAAAAUGGGACACACGGGCUGUACAAAAGCAUCAGGAGACAGUAGCAGUGGCAAAGAAGAGGAUACCGAGGAGGAGAGUAGUGGUGAUGAACAGGAAUCUCUCAUGGUGAAGAAGGAGCCCCCCGCCUCUAGGAAUUCUGACAAGUGUGAAGCAAAGCCGGGACUCCACAGUCGGGAAAUCCUGUCUACCAAUGAUUGUUCAGUGAACAAGAAUGUGAAGGCAGAGAUAACGGCGAAUGAGCAAACCGCUUUAAGCAAGGAGAAUUACCUGUUCAUUGGAGGCCAGACCUUUGAUGAAAAGACCCUAGCCAGAGAUUUUUUUCAGGCAGCACAGAAGCAAAUGGCUGAUGCAGUGAGAGGCAAGGUGAUGGGUAGCAGCCCCGAGCUCUUCCGUGGUUCUGCUCUCCCUGUCCCUGCAGACAGCCCCACCCAUAAGCCUCAACUCAUUCCACCCCUGCAGAUUCCAAAGUUGUAUGGAAGCCCCACGCAGAUGGGGCCCACCUAUAGAGGCAUGAUCAACGUCGCCACCUCAUCUGACAUGGACCAUAGCUCUGCUGUUCCAGGACUGCCUGACUGUAGCCAGGUGUCUAGCAAUGUAGGUGAUGUUAUGUCCUUUUCCGUGACUGUCACUACCAUCCCUGCUAGCCAAGCCAUGAAUUCCAGCAGCCAUGGCCAGACCCUUCCUGUCCAGGCCUUUCCUGAAGAAAACAGCUUGGAGGACACACCUUCGAAAUGUUACUGCCGAUUGAAAGCCAUGAUCAUGUGCAAAGGGUGUGGCGCUUUCUGCCAUGACGAUUGCAUUGGUCCCUCUAAACUGUGUGUCUCCUGCCUUGUCGUUCGGUAACACGCUGUACUGGAGGGGCAGGGAGGGAAGCGUAGAUAAGAUGUGUGUGUUGUGCCCUCUUGGAUCACAGAAAUAAAUAGGUUUCAGUUGUCUUAA